UUUAAGAACCACUGAUUUACAUGAACUGUCUGAAUGACUCAGGAGCAGUACAUCCUGGCAUCUCAGCCAAACCCCCUCCAAAGGCCGGGAUGUGCUACUGUGUACCCGGUGGGGAUUUAUGGCUGGCGAAAGCGCUGUCUCUAUUUCUUCAUCCUCCUGCUCCUCGUCACCAUGAUUGUCAACCUAGCCUUGACCAUCUGGAUUCUAAAGGUCAUGAACUUCACCGUGGAUGGCAUGGGAACUCUCCGCGUAACCAAAGAUGGCAUCAGAUUAGAGGGAGUGUCUGAGUUCCUCCUUCCACUUUAUGUGAAAGAGAUCAACUCCAGAAGGGACAGUCCUCUGGUCUUACAGUCAGACCGCAAUGUGACGGUGAAUGCACGAAAUAACCUUGGCCAGCUGACAGGACAGCUCACUGUGGGCUCUGAGAUGGUAGAAGCCCAGUGUCAGCGGUUCGAAGUGAGAAGUAGUGAUGGUGAGACAGUUCUCUUCUCUGCUGAUGAAGAGGAGAUCAGUAUUGGCACAGACAAACUGAGAGUCACAGGCAAUGAGGGAGUUGUGUUUAGUCAUUCAGUGGAAACGCCACAUGUUCGAGCUGAACCAUUCCAAGACCUGAAGCUAGAGUCCCCGACGAGGACACUGACACUGGAGGCCCCUAAAGGUGUUGAAGUCAACGCAGGAGUAGGGGAAUUCAAAGCUUCUUGUAGGAAAGAUCUCACUUUAGAGUCUUCAGAAGGAGAGAUCUUUCUAAACGCAAACUCAAUCCGUCUUGGAAAUCUUCCACACGGGAGCGUGGACACUUUGCUCGGUCCAGGGACCACGUACCCCAAGCAGACUGUGUACGAGGUGUGCGUAUGUCCCAGCGGCAAGUUGUAUCUGUCUCCGGCAGAGAGCUCCUCCACCUGCCAGACCACCAACAGUGUGUGUCUCUGGAGCUGAGAAAGGUGGGUGGGCCAUGGACCACCCAGCACCAGAAAGGCCUUCCUUCACCUUUCCACUCCUGCUCCUUCCCCUCCUCCUCUACUUUCUCUGACCUCUUUUCUUUCUCAAGACAUUUCUGUUGAGCCUUUCUUUUAUCCACCCAUCCAUCAAGCUGUCCAUAUCCCUAUCCAUUGGUCAGUCUAGUAUCUAUCUAUCUAUCUAUC